AUGGAAUACACGUCCGGACGCAAAUCAGCUCUAGCAGCUCUUGGCCUCGUCCUUCUCCCAGCGUCGAUGGCCCUUCCGGGCUGGCCGAGGUCGGGCACCAUUAUUCAGGGCGACGCGAUCCAGUUUGACCAAUCGACAUGGGAGGAAAACCUGGAGCGUCCAAAUGCGACGGGCAGUUUCCCCAUCACGGGCUUUGACAUCUCCAAGGCCUUCACGUCUCCGCCACAAACUGUGGAUGGUUGGGAGCUCGCCGUCAACGUUACGAGUAGCAUCUCUGAUGCCGACACACUGAAUCCAGGCAAUGCGACUGGCCAAGUCUACACAGGGACAAGCAUAUACCUUCGAGCACCCGACGACGUCAUUGCAGCCCUGGACCCGGACACUGCGGCCGACAACACGACCUGGAAGAUAUGUGUCACAGUCAUGACAGGCGGCCCUGGAGAGGACGAUACGUCAUCCGCUGACAAUGGCACUUGCAGUUCGCUGAGUUCUCAGUGCAUCUCCGACUUUCAGGAUGCGUACGCCGACCAGUUUGCCAAGCUCCAGGACUGCUACAGACAACCAAGUAUCCCCGAUAGUUGCGGCGACUCAUUGAGUCAAGCCAACUUGACAACACAGCAAUAUGCCCUCGAUCACCUUAAUGGGACGGAGGUUUUUGUGACGGCAUCAGGCCCUCAUGAUGGAGACGAUAACACGGCCUAUGACAACGCUGUGAAGACGGUGUGGCCGGUUCUGGUGGUCUGGGGCUGGAACACCCGAGCCGACGUUUCUGAUGGCACAAAGCCCACUGUGCAACUAACAUGCGCGAGAGCCAAUCAUACUGGAGAUGGAAGCGACUCUUCAGCUUCUAUGGCUUCAAGAUCGCAUGGGCCAGUGACAAUCACCUUUGCUAUAGCAGUUCUGGCGGCGGUUAUCCUUUUUUGA